UAUACCCUGUUUCUAAUAUGUAUAUUGCCAAUGUCUUAACUGUAACCGGGUUCCUGCUUAGCCAAGCGGUUGCUCAUGGCCUGAUUACCCGUAUCAAGGGUGAUAACGGGGUGGUUAUGCCUGGUCUUACUGUCAUGGACGGAAUGCCGCGCGGCUGUCCAUCCGCCGCCUGCGGCGCGCAAGGGGACACCGCGAUUAUCCGGGACCAGGAGAUGGAUGGCAAUAAGGCCUCCCCACUCGGCCGGACUAAUACAGGCGGCCCUGUGAAUCCUGCUACUGUUAUCAACUCAUUCAUGGGAGCUGGUAACAGCAACAGUAAACGUGCUGCCUUCACUGAUCAACGUCGCCAGAUGAUCAAUGAUGCAGCUAGUAUUAUCACCAAUGCUGGUGGUGCCAUUCUCAAUGGUGCUCAGGACCUUGCCGACGCAACGCCAUUCGGAGGCGCCAUUAAGAAUGCACAAUCCGCAGUCGAUGAUGUCGCUGGUCUUGUUCCUGGAAUGGGGUCUGGAGCAAUGACCUCUAGUGAUUCCAAGGAGAAUGGGAAUCAACAAUACGCUGGACAUGGUUCCUCUAAGGGCCUUCCUACUCCCAAUGAGAACAGCAUCAUCACCAUGACCUAUCACCAGGUGAAUCAAGACGGUGCCGGUCCUUUAUUCGCCGACAUUGACGCCACGAGUGGUGGAACCGACCCAAGGGCCUUUAAAAGUGCCGAGGUUAUCAAGAAUGUUCCUGGAGUUGCUGGCUUCUCUACUUCAAGCACCAUGGACUAUGAUGUCCAAGUUAAGGUGCCUUCUGGCAUGAAAUGCAGGGGAACCGUUGGCGCCACUCGGAAUGUCUGCAUUGUCCGGGUUCGCAACAACGCCAUUUCGGGACCGUUUGGUGGCUCCGCUGCUUUCACUAACUAAUUAGGUGUGGAAGGGC